UCCUACAUAUUUUGCAUCGACCAUGCCCACUGCCCCUGUGGCAACUUAACUCCUCUUCUGCCACAUAACCUCUUCAGAAUUACACAAUGAUGUGUUUCCAAGUCAUCUGGCAACAAAGGGGUUAAAUCGAUGUUGCUACCUCCUUACUAAUUAUGCUUUAAAAUUUCACACGCAUACAAAAGUUUUGGCUACUGUCUGGGAAUGCUCCUUUAAACACAACCCCCUUUAAUUAUGUGAGGUCAACGCACUUUUUUUUUUUUUUAAGCAAGCAGCUGCCAGAAAAAUCAUCCACUACAUAGAUUGCUUAAAAAACUAGGAAAGAGCAGGUCCCAGGAACAUCAGGAUCAGUGUGCGGAAAGCCGGCACUCAUUUGAAAUCCUCAAGGAAGAUCACAAAAAAAAAGUGUGCUCGGGUUCAUUCUUCUAAAGAACCGGUAACUGUAGAGCAGACCCUGAACAGAAAGAAGGCAAGGCAGCUCAGAUGUCAUAAAGUGUCAAGCACUAGAAGUCUAUAGGAAAUCUGGCAUUUGAGUUUAGCAAGGCAAAGAAUACAAAUUACAGGAGUUGCUUAGAUCUGGACUUCAGCUGGUGGAUUUGAGAGCCAAGGACAAGCUGGGUAACAAUUGUGCAAUUGAAAGAACUAAACUUAUAUCAAUUAUUGAAACUAACAAAGAAGAAAAUAAGGCAAAAUCAAAGAGCUGUUGCCAGGGCUGAAAGAGAUGACUUCACAGGCUUUAGGUUAGUAGUCCCUGGGAGAAGGCCUAAGGGACAGCGUCAUGGUGAAAGUGGGCGUUACAGUUAAGCUGAAGAAGACCAUACGCCAUGGCAGUUAUCUGGGGUCUACUGGCUUUGGCCUUCUCCGUGACUGCUGCAAGACCUUCCAGUUUCAAAAGAUUCAGAAAUCACAACCACAGCUCAGAAGAUUUCCUCUCCCGUCUGAGCCAUUAUGAGAUCGCCUUUCCUGCCCAGGUGGACGAGAGUGGGAACUUCUUGACGUAUGACCUUCGCAGAGCAUCACCCAGCUUCCGAAGGUCCAGGAGGAGCAUCCCUGAUGAUUCUGAACGGCAGGUCUUCUACUGGCUGCAAGCUCAGAGUUCUAACUUUCUACUCAACCUCACCCUGCAGACAGAUCUACUGGGACAGCACUUCACUGUUGAGUACUGGAAAAGAGGGGGACUGGACUGGAAACAUGAGCUGUACGAAGACUGUCACUACGUUGGACACAUACAAGAUCAACAGCUGAGCUCCAAAGUGGCCAUUAGCAACUGCAAUGGACUGCUAGGAGUGAUAGUAUCAGGGGAUGAUGAAUAUCUCAUUGAACCACUACCUCAAGGUAGAAAUUACAACAAAACCAGUGAGGGGACUCCACAUGUGGUAUACAAGCGCUCUUCCUUGCAAAGACAGCAUCUUGAUGCGGCGUGUGGUGUAAUAGAUGACAAGCCCUGGAAGGACCGUCAUUGGUGGCUGAGAAACCCAAGGCCUCCACCAUUGCGACCAGCAUCCAAUCACACACAGCGUGGACCUCUGCCACUUAAACGAUCAGUGAGCACAGAGAGAUAUGUGGAGACUUUAGUGGUUGCAGAUAAAAUGAUGAUUGGUUAUCACGGAAGAAGGGACAUUGAGCAAUAUAUCUUGGCUAUCAUGAACAUUGUUGCCAAACUUUUCCAGGACUCAAGUCUGGGGAACAUUGUGAACAUCAUGGUGACUCGGCUAAUCCUUUUGACUGAAGAUCAGCCUAACCUGGAAAUUAACCACCACGCAGGAAAGUCUCUUGACAGCUUCUGCAGAUGGCAAAAGUCCAUUGUAAGUCGAAAUGGUAAUGCAAUCACAGAGAGUGGCAUAGCUGACCAUGACACUGCCGUCUUAAUAACCAGAUAUGAUAUUUGCAUUUACAAAAACAAGCCAUGUGGGACAUUAGGUUUGGCGCCAGUGGGUGGAAUGUGUGAAAGAGAGAGAAGCUGCAGUAUAAAUGAAGAUAUUGGCCUAGCAACAGCUUUCACCAUUGCACACGAGGUGGGACACACGUUUGGUAUGAAUCAUGAUGGUAUUGGUAAUGGCUGUGGAUCUCGAGGUCAAGAAACAGCCAAGCUCAUGGCAGCUCACAUUACUAUGAAGACCAAUCCAUUUGUGUGGUCGGCUUGUAGCAGGGACUACAUCACCAGCUUCCUGGAUUCAGGCCUGGGCCUUUGCCUGAAUAAUGCGCCCCCACGUCAGGAUUUUAUUUAUCCAACACAAGCUCCAGGACAGGCCUAUGAUGCAGAUGAUCAGUGCCGUUUCCAACAUGGAAUUAAAUCCCGCCAGUGUAAAUACGGGGAGGUAUGCAGCGAACUUUGGUGUUUAAGCAAAACUGGGCGCUGCAUCACUAACAGCAUACCAGCUGCUGAAGGGACCAUCUGUCAAACUAAUACCAUUGAGAAGGGGUGGUGCUAUAAAAGGGAGUGUGUUCCUUUUGGGACACGACCUGAAGGAGUGGAUGGAGCUUGGGGACCCUGGUCGACUUGGGGAGAAUGCAGCAGGACCUGUGGAGGAGGAGUGUCAACAUCUGUCAGGCAUUGUGACAGUCCAAGGCCAACUAUUGGAGGAAAAUAUUGCCUUGGGGAAAGGAAGAGACAUAGAUCUUGCAAUAUUGACGAGUGCCCACCUGGGUCACAGGACUUCCGGGAAAUGCAGUGUGCAGAAUUUGACAAUGUGGCAUUUCGAGGCAAAUACUAUUCAUGGAAAAGCUACAAAGGAGGUGGGGUGAAGGCCUGUUCACUCAACUGCUUAGCAGAAGGCUUUAACUUCUACACAGAGAGAGCUGCAGCUGUGACCGAUGGAACACCGUGUAGACCAGACUCCUAUGAUAUCUGUGUUAAUGGAGAGUGCAAGCACGUUGGCUGUGAUCGAAUCUUGGGAUCUGAUGCUAAGGAAGACAAAUGCCGUGUGUGUGGAGGAGAUGGCAAUUUAUGUGAGACCAUUGAGGGAAUCUUCAACCAGUCAUUCUAUGAGGGAGGAUAUGAGGAGGUUGUCUGGAUUCCAAAAGGUUCUGUCCAUAUUAACAUUAAACAGCUCAACCUAUCACAAAACUACCUGGCCCUGAAGGCAGAAGGAGGAGAUUACUAUAUUAAUGGAAGACUCCCCCCAGAUGCCCCAAAGAAGUUUUAUGCAGCUGGGACAGCUUUUCACUACAAAAGACCCCAAGAUGAACCAGAAUCACUGGAGGCUUUAGGACCUACUAAUGCGACUUUAGUUCUUAUGGUAAUGAUGAGAGAAGAGUUUCUUGGCAUCCGCUACAAGUUCAAUGCACCAGUCAGUAGACACACUGAGAGUGGAUACAUGUGGCAGCAUUCCCAGUGGACUAAAUGUUCUUCUCUAUGUGCUGGAGGAGUACAAAUGCAAUAUGUUGUCUGUAAGAAGAUAGCAGAUGGAUCUUCUGCCUCUGAAGACAUGUGUGAUGCACAGCAGAGAAUGCAAGAGAAGCAACGUCAAUGUAACACUGAGCCCUGCCCCUCUGAGUGGGCAAUAGGUCCUUGGUCUGAGUGCAGCCGGAGCUGUAACUCCGGUGUUCGUACCCGCAGUGUGAUCUGCCAGCGCCGGGUAUCAGCAGGAGAAGAGAGAUCUCUAGAUGAUGGCAACUGCACACCACCUCGCCCCACAAUGCUAGAGCCCUGCAACACCAACUCAUGUCCACCAGAGUGGGUGGCACUGGACUGGUCCGAGUGCAGUCCAAGCUGCGGCCCAGGAUACAGACACAGAGUUGUGCUUUGCAAGUCUGGUGAUGGUGAAAAUACUUUACCCCCGUCUCAAUGUCCAGCUAAGGACAAGCCUGCAUCUAGCGUAAGAUGUACCCUACAGAGAUGCCCCCCACCACGCUGGGUGACUGGCGACUGGUCUGAGUGCUCAGCCCCGUGUGGACAUGGGCAGCAGAGACGCUCUGUGCAGUGUGUGAGCCACAGAGGACAACCAUCAGUAGAAUGUAUAGAGUCUCUGCGCCCCGCUGCCAUGCAGCAGUGUGAAAAUAAAUGUGAGGCAGGACCUUCUGACAGCCCUGACGAAUGUAAGGAUGUCAACAAAGUGGCAUACUGCCCCCUGGUGCUCAAGUUUAAAUUCUGCAGCAGACCCUACUUCAGACAGAUGUGUUGCCGCACUUGUCAAGGCCAUUGAUUCAAAUCAGCAGCAUUCUACAAUACUGUAUCACCUUUUUUUUUAUUUUUAUUUUUUUUUUAGGAUUUU